AUGACUCGGUGCAACGUGUUGGUGGCGGCGGCGGCGCGGGCUCUUCCGGGCGCCGCAGCUUCCUGCCAGGCACGCGCAGCCGCCUCCGCCGCGGGAGCCCUCGUGCAGGCCUCGGCGCUGCGCCAGCCGCGGCCGCCGCCCGGCCCGGAGCCCGGGAACGCCACCUGGACGGCGGGCGGCGGCAGCUCCAACAGCAGCGGCGACGCCCUGGUGACCCGCAUCUCCAGCCUGCUCCACGACCUGCCCACCCUGAAGGCGGCCGUGAUCGUGUCGUGCGCCUUCACCGCCCUCCUCAUCGCCUGCCUGCUGCUGCGCGUCUUCAGGUCGGGAAAGAGGUUGAAGAAGACCCGCAAGUAUGACAUCAUCACCACUCCAGCCGAGCGAGUGGAGAUGGCCCCGCUGAAUGAGGAGGAUGACGAGGAUGAGGACUCCACAGUGUUUGACAUCAAAUACAGGUAAAACCUGUUUUCCAGUGUAUUGGCAUCCUGUGGAAGGUCUGUCAGCUGAAGGCUGGGGUGUGAAGGAUCUGGAAGCUAUCUCGUCCGAGGUGUUGAAACCAAAACAAAUGUUAUUUAUGAAACUCUGGCACAGUUGUGUGUGUCGAACGUCCGCUCAGAGUGUCACCACAGGAGAGUCACCUCGACCACCCUCUGGACGCCCCUUUAACAUGUCACCCUUUCUCUCUCCUCAAGAGGGCUUUGCCUUGCUAAGGGGCAAAGGGUGGAAACAUGUUGAUUUUAAAAAUAAUAAUUUAAAGCAACUAUUGACAAAAGUAAAAGAGAUCAGAAGUUAUCAAGAACUGAAAAAAAGCCCGAAGGAUAUUCAGCUGUAUAUUGAGAAUUUCUGACAUUCUGCUUUCUUGGAUCUGUGACGUUCUAGAUGUCUGACUGUUGGGUGGUCUUUUGGGCUUGGUCAAGUUCUGGUCUUGGGUUGGUGAUGGUUGUGUGAAAGUUCAAAGUGAAAGGGCUCAGAGCUGCUCAGCCCUUA